GGGGCCUGUUGCACAAAAGUAGAAUUAAGACAUCCGGGAUAAAUGACUCAGCUGAGCUCAAUGAAGCCAAAACAUGUGCGUCCAGGCUUAAUUGGUUGCACAAAGACCAAGCCAGGAUGAGCAGACACGGAUUCAUUAAGCCAGGUGAAACCAAUCCUGGAUAGGUGCGCGCUCACGGCUCACUCAAAUAGACCCCGCCACAGAUCACAGAUUAACUGAUUUACCAUGGCAACUAGAGCCGCGUACUUUUCCCCGUCGGAAGCACAAAUCCUCAUGGAGGCAUACGAGGAGGUAAAAGAUAUAAUUAAGAAGAAAGGCAACACCGCCACAGUGAUAAAGCAAAGAGAAAAAGCGUGGCAAAGUAUUGCAGACCGCCUGAAUGCGUAAGUAGUGCACAAUUACACACUCACCGCUCCGCUGAAACAUCACAAUUACAAUUCAAAUAUUUAAUUCACAUCUCCAAAAAUGCAGUUGUACUGUAAUUAUGAAACGGUUAAAUUUUUAAUUGAAAUGCACUGCAGAUAUGAGUGAAAUUGUGUAAAGUAACUCCAUCACACUGUAUAAAGCUAUGAUACAUUUUUUGAUAUUUUUACUGAAAACAAGACAAAAAUACCAAGUAAAUUUUGCAGUGUGACUCCAUUAAAUGUGUGUGUGUGUGUGUGUGUGUGUGUGUGUGUGUGUGUGUGUGUAGAUUAAACAUGAACGGGCCAAAACGGACAUGGCAGCAGGUCAAAAUCAAAUACAAGAACAUUCUGCAGAAUGCAGUGAAAAAGAAUACCCACAGACAAGGCACGGGUGGUGGGUCACCAAAGGCUGACCUUACCCCAGCAGAGGACAUGGCCUUGGAGCUAAAUAAAGGCAGGCCCGUCUUAGAGGGGAUCCCUGGGGGGAAAGAGACGAGCAUAGGUUCCUCCCAAGAUGCCACCCGCUUCAUUCAAGUGCCUGGCAGCACUGUGUUCCUGUUAGAGCCACCAGCACAAGCACCAGACGAUGCUGAUCCAGGUGAAGGCCCCAGUGCAGCAGCAACAGCACAUGAUGGAGACGAUGAUGAGGAGGAGACCAUCUCUCUGGAUUCCAGAAGGCAUGAGGACCCAGAUGCUAUACAGUGGGAAAACCAGCCUGGCAACAUAGUGCGUAUUAAUAAAAGGACACCACAUCCUGCCAAAUUCCAGCUGCGCUAAUUGUAUUGUGUUCACAGAGCUCACAAGCUAUCAGAAAGUUGUAUGGCAACCACCUCCGGCGCCAAAUAGAACUGGCAGACAUAGACAUUCAGUACAAGAAGAAAAAGAUGGAAAAUCUUGCACUGGAGUCGAAAUAAAAAAAAAGAGGACAAUUAGGAAACUGGACCUUGAAAUAAAAAAACUUGAGAGGGAGCUCCAAGAAGAUGACACAGCUCAAAAUAAAAAUUAGCAAUCAGUACAACCAAGUCAUCGUUAUAAGGCAUCGCCCUCUUUUGCCCACCCCCCAGCACCAGGUGUGGCCACUAGCCUAUAUGAAGGCCCAAAAUUGUGUUCCUUUCUGCUCUGACAAUGGCAUGCCCAUUCGUGCGAGAUGUGGUGGAUGAAGAAGCACUUGUGCUGAGGAGAGCCUUCAGGCGAGAAAGGGUCUUCAGGGACCGGUUGGACCCACUGGCCUUCCCUGAUGACCAUCUAUAUGAAAGAUACAGGUUUUCUGCAGAUGGCAUCAGGUAUCUAUGCAGACUACUGGGUCCCAGGAUUAAGCACCGCACUGCACGGAGCCAUGCACUGAGUGUGGAGCAAAUGGUUUGUGUGGCCUUGCGCUUUUUUGCUAGUGGAGCCUUCCUGUACUCAGUGGGGGAUGCAGAACAGCUGAACAAGGCCACAAUUUGCCGCACAAUAAGGAGUGUGUGUCUGGCUAUCAAAGCAUUAGCAGAUGUCUUCAUCUCCUUCCUGGCCACAGAAGACUCUGUGACAUCAAAGAGGAGUUCUAUAGGAUUGCAGAUGGUCUGCAAUGCUGACUGUGUGAUCAGCAAUGUUGUGGCAAAAUGGCCUGGCUCAGUCCAUGACUCCAGAAUCUUUCGGGCCUCUGAAAUCUAUCAGUGCCUAUCACAAGGUGAAUUCUCUGGUGUGUUGCUGGGAGACAGGGGUAUGGCUGCCAGCCUUUUCUCCUGACACCUUUCACAGACCCCCAGGAAGCACAGCAGGCCUACAACCAUGCCCAUGCCAGGACCAGGGCCAGAGUUGAAAUGACCUUUGGCCUCCUGAAGGCACGCUUUCACUGCCUUCACAAAUUAAGGGUCAGCCCUGUUAGGGCAUGUGAUAUUACUGUGGCUUGUGCUGUCCUCCACAAUGUGGCCUGCCUGAGGAAGGAGAGGGCCCCCAGAGUGCCACCAGCCAUGGACUGGGACAAUCCGGCAAUCUUCCCUGAUGACGACAGUGGUCGGCUGCUGAGGGACCAAUAUGUGUUGAAUUAUUUUAGUUAGUAUGUGUGCUUUCAAUUUUGGUUAAAUAUGUCCUGCGGUGGCAGAGGAAUUUGGGUU